AUGGCGGACUUUAAAGCAAGACUUGAAGCAGAAAAGCUUGCAAUAAUGCAACAAUCAAUUGUUAGAGGUAGAUCAUUAUCACCAUCUGCCGGAGGAGGUGGCACUAGUAGAUCUUCUUCCGUUCUGAAUGAAGAUUUUAAUAAAGAACUUAAAUGGGCUAUCACUAAUCAUGACCCACUGGAGAGAUUAAUCAGGAAGAAGAGGGAUGGUGAUGCUACUGGAGAAGAUGAAGACCAUCAUGAACAACAACUUUGGGAGAAUGAAGUUAGUGAAGAAGAACAUAUAAGUGAUGAUGAUAGUAAUGAUAAAUUUCAAUAUGAUAACACCGGAAAUAUAUUACCAAAUUAUGCAUGUCAAGAUGAUAAAAUCAAUGAGAUUUCAUCAAUAUUAGAAAAUUCAAAUUUGAAUGAUAAUGCAACCAUAAAAAGAUUAGAAGAAUUAACUGCCAGUGAACGUGCUUUCGCUGCUGCUAAAAAUGCUGGUACUGCAAUUGAUAAAGAACAAUUAAAUAAAUUGGCAAGUGAUAAACAUAAAUUAUUAGGAUAUGAUUCUUUGAAUUUAGAAAGAGCUGAACAGGAUGCUUUUGCCAGAAGACAGAAAUUGGAGAAUUAUCAGGCUUAUAGAAGGAAGAUUAUUGAUCAGCAGGAACAUAAUUCACCUUCUCCAGCUAGGGAUACUACUCUUUCUCCCACCAGAGACUCUGCUGCACCAGCAGCAGGAGCAGCAGCAGGACAACAACCACCAUCACUGGAAGGCACUACUACCGACGGGGGUGAAGGCCCCGAUGGAGAAUUCAUCAUCCCAUACACUUCCGCAGUUGAAGAUAAAUUAGAUAGUGAAUUUGCAUCCCAAUUAAAUGAAACCAUUAAAGAAGGAGAAAUCGAUUCAAAUAAAUCCCAUAGUCGAGUAAUCCAAACCAUAACCAGGGGGAAUUUCUUCCAAUUAAUCAAUCCUAAAAUAAAACCAAAGAUGUUUUUAUUAUGUAUGGAUUUUUCCCCAGAAUCAAUAUUUGCAUUAGAAUGGAGUUUGGGGACAGUAUUGGUUGAUGGAUCGGUAUUGUUUAUAAUCUAUGUUAUUGAAGAUAAUGAUACCAAUCAUAAUCUUAAAGCCAAUACUCAGAAUGAAAAUGAUCGUGAACAACAUCGAUUAUCAAUGUUGAAUAAGGCAAAACAACAAGUAUUAAAUUUGUUAAAAUUAACCAAAUUACAAAUUCAUAUUGUGAUUGAAGUUAUUCAUCAUCCGAUUCCAAGACAUUUGAUAUUAGAAUUUAUUGAUAAUUUACAGCCUACUUUAGUUAUAGUGGGUUCCAAAGGUCAAAGUGCGAUUAAAGGGGUUUUAUUGGGAAGUUUAUCGAAUUAUUUGGUUACAAAACUGACAGUACCUGUAAUGGUUGUAAGAGAGAAAUUGAAAAAGAUUAAUAGGUUUAAAUCUGGUUCUUCAGUAUUUUCUAAUAAUAUUAGACCGUUGACUUUAUCUGAAGCCAGAAUUGAUUAG